GUCAUUUUACAGCUGUUUUCGAAAACAACACUCGCUUGUUUACCUGUUUAAUCACAACAGACCACGCGCAUACACUCGUAACCCGUCAUACAUGGCAGCUUGUAACUCUCUCGGCACGACGCAGGAUCGUAUUUGGGUGAGAAUGGGUCGGCACGACGAUGAACAGAGAGAGAGAAUAGCUCGCUGUAACGAAGGUAUUCACUCGGGACACUUCAUGGUGAGCAAUCCGCAUACGAACGAAGAUUCGGAACCCGGAACCGAACCCGCUAGUCGCGACGAUGCCGAUCCGAUCGUUGACGUCACCCUGCAAGAUCCGGAGACAAUACGCAGCUUACCUCGGCAGCAAAAACAGGGAUUCGUCAAGGCGAAGACUAUAGACGCGUCGCUCGCAAAGUUGUUCGAGUGCAUGAGUUUAGCAUACAGCGGAAAGUUAACCUCUCCGAAAUGGAAAACGUUCAAGGGCAUGAAAUUAGGAUGGAAGGACAAGAUUCGUCUCAACAACGUCAUCUGGCGAUGCUGGCACAUACAGUGUAGGUGGCGCCACCUGCCCUGAUCUCCCCAAUUCUCGAUUCCGUCGGCUGACGAAACCCAAACGAAACCCAAGGCUGUCAUUCUUGAGGGCAAGUACUGGAAGCGACGGCUGGACAGCGUCUGUGAGGAGUACAAGAAGUGGAGGCUCUUCUUCAGGGAGCAGUUCAGCCGCGCCCCUCCGCUGGAGGCAGACCAGGGCGAUGUGGAGUCGCACGCUGAACUGCUGGAGCGGGUCGGACGCACGAACUGGUCAUGGCCGCAGAACUGCGCCGCGUGGAACGAGAAGCGGCAGACGAAGGCGUUUGCAUCCGCCGUCACGGCAACGCAAGCGGCGAAUUUAUUCAUGGACGAUGACCUCAUGGAUUUCACGGAUACGCUCUUCACGAGUCUGAACCAGCCGUACCCAUUCCCCAACUCCCGCGAGAUCAACGCGUGGGCGAACAACGCUGACAUCAUCCAGCCUGGUCUCGUGCAGCUGCAGCCGAACCUGGACGACUUGAUGGACUUUGAACCGCUGCAAGAGAUGCUUACUAUUAUCGUGUUGCUGGUGUACAUGAGAUCUUACAUCAUCGGUUGCCGUGGUUACAGAGAUGCUCCACGCCGCGCGCCGCCCUACGAGCCGCGUACCGCGCUGUCGACGAAACCCGGGUCGCCGGGUGGCGAUGGGAAGACGAUGAUGGCGCCGCCGGCUCCCGGCUCGACGACGACUGACGACGCGCCGCUUUUUUCCGGCAGCAGGGUCGCCGGCGUUUCACACGUCGACAACGUCGUUCGCGCAGGAGGCGCUACCGGCCAGUCCGGAAGUAUUGCUAGCAUCCCACAACAGGCAGGCAUUGGUGCCAUUCCUCAACAGGGAAGUAUUGCUAGCAUUCCACAAACAGGAAGCAUUGCCAGCAUCCCUCAGAAGGGAAGUAUUUCUGCCAUCCCGCAGCAGGGAAGCAUGAUACAGCAAGCGCGCAUGGAGCAGCAGGUCACGUUGAUCCGCUCCGGGCCGGCGACGACUGACACGGGCGGAGCAUUCGCCGUGCCGACACCGAAAAACAAGCAGACGUCUUUCUCGAGGACACGGCACAUGCAGAAGAUCUCGCCGGCGCCCCCUACGAAGCCUGCUGCUCCCAGCGUCAUCUCACCUCCCCAGGUGGCGCCGGCGGCAGCGGCAGCGAGCCCAGCGAGUGAGCUCCUCUCGUUGUUGUCGUCAGAUAAAUUCUCGGGAAGUCGAAGCGGAGUAGGAGGACACGCCAUCGCUCCCGCGCCUGGCCUCCACGGGGCGCCAAUGGUGCACUUUGAUUUGCGGCCGGCGCAGAGUGAGCCGUCUACGUUUCGCAGUCCGCUGCUACUGAAUGCCUGCGGCUCACAGACGGAUGGCCUCAGCAUUCUGCCAUCCAUCGACCAGAAAGGAGACGUGCUAGAGGGAGACAUCAACAACCUGCAUCAAGAACUCCCCGCCACAGGCGUUCCUGUCACACGGCAACGCGCAAACAAAGUGCGAGACAUGUUCACGGAAUACGUGCGCAGCCGCACGCUGAACAACUGGAAGUUCUGGAUCUUCAGCAUCAUCAUUAAGCCACUGUUUGAGAAUUACAACGCGACCGUGUCGACGUCAUCGCUGGAGGAACUCUACCGUACAGUCAUGCUGUGGCUGAAUCAGCACUGCUCCCUCACCGUGCUACGCCCGAGCGUGCUCAGCUCGCUGCGCUAUGUCAGCCGCACCACAACGAUCCUCACCGACCCGUCGCAGCUGCCGCAGCAUGCGCGCAACGACGUGCAGGGACUAUCCGACCUCAGCAGCUAGCGGUCACGACGUCACCGACCCAAGGUCACGACUCUCUGACCCAAGGUCACAGCUCAACUGACCCACAGUCGCAACUCAACUGACCUGAGGUCACGACUCUGUGACCUGAGGUCACGACCCCACUGACCUGAGGUCACGGCACCUGACCGGUCGUCACUGACCUUCGGGCCAAGGUCAGACGUUUUCCAGCCACUGUCGCCGUCACACGAGCAGAGUUUGCGAUCCCGUUGCCAGUGACACCCCUUGAGCCCCUGGAGCCGUGUCCGCGCACGCUAGGGGUGUGUCGAGCUGGCUAGCCAGUGCUCCGGUUGUCUUCUGUCAGCCGCACGGUCACCGUCGAUCGGGGAAAAUGACGCGCCAGCGUGCCGGCAGAUCAUCACGGGUCCCCGGAUCGUGGCGUCGCCGCGGCAACGACGUUAACGUCGUUGUCGUGCGCACAAGUCUGUCACGUUGGUCGAUCUUCAUCGCAGCGCUCGUGCGGCGGCCGGCGGACCAGGCUAUUGCUAGACUGCCGCCACUUCCAGCGAGUCUUUGAGUCAAUCGCAGCCCGUAGAACUACCGAGAGCGGGAAGCGAUGGAGAGAUUUGCUGCUUUAACGGCGUGCGGGUCAGUCACAGACGCCGUGCGCAUCACAUGUGCCUCGUCGGUGAUGGCUAUCCGAUUAAGAUAUCCCGAAUCAUAUCUAUUUUACGUGCACGAAGCGACUGUUUUGUACAAGUUGG